GCCACCAUGUGGUCAUGUAUAAAGGACUUCUUCACCUACGAAACCACCAAGUCAGUGGUGGUGAAGAGCUGGACCAUCGGAAUCAUAAACCGAGUCGUCCAACUGCUCAUCAUCACUUAUUUUGUUGGCUGGGUGUUUCUAUUUGAGAAGGCUUACCAGGUGAGGGACACGGCCAUUGAGUCCUCAGUGAUGACCAAGGUCAAAGGCUUUGGAGUGUAUAACAACAAGGUGAUGGACGUUGCAGACUACAUCACUCCGACACAGGGAGCCUCAGUCUUCUGCAUCAUCACCAAGCUCAUCACCACAGAGAAUCAGGUCCAGGGAUACUGUCCUGAGAGUGAGAACAAGUAUGCCUGCUCUCGGAACAGUGACUGCAUGAGGCACCUCAAUAAGCCGGGAAGUUACGGAAUUCCUACAGGGAGGUGCAUUCCUUUCAAUUCCACCGUGAAGAUGUGUGAGAUUAAAGGCUGGUGUCCUGCUGAAAUCGACACCAUCACAACGAGACCAAUGAUGGAAGUGGAGAAUUUCACCAUCUUCAUUAAGAACAGCAUUCGCUUUCCAACCUUCAACUACACAAAGGGGAACUUUCUUCCUACAAUCACUGACAGCUACAUCAAAAAGUGUAACUUUGACAUGGUCAACAACACUUACUGCCCCAUCUUCAGAGUGGGAGACGUGGUCCACUACGCUCAGCAGAACUUCACCAAACUGGCAAACACGGGCGGAGUGAUCGGGAUCAAAAUCGGUUGGGUGUGUGACCUGGACAAGUCAGACGACCAGUGUAACCCCUCCUACUCCUUCACCCGGCUGGACGCUAUGUCCCAGAAGAACACUGUCUCGCCAGGAUACAACUUCAGGUUUGCUAAAUACUUUAAGAUGGAAAACGGAACAGACUAUCGCACUCUGGUUAAAGCCUACGCCAUCAGAUUUGAUGUCCUGGUCAAUGGAAAUGCAGGAAAGUUCAACAUGAUUCCCACUCUCAUUAACAUGGUGGCUGCCUUCACCUCAGUGGGAGUGGGCACGGUGCUGUGUGACAUUAUACUGCUGAACUUCCUCAAAGGAGCAGAGCAGUACAAAGCCAAGAAGUUUGAGGAGGUGUCAGACAGUCCGCUGGAACCACAGAAGAAUGGGCUGUAUCGAUCGCAGCUCUCCCUCAGACAACACAUGAUGAGAUCCAGUGACUCUGGAGCCUUUUCUAUUGAACAUUAUGGCUGA